AUGCUUCCACACUGUGCUUCAAGUAGUUUUGAAGCUCUAUCCAAUCCUUAUAAAAUCACCGGAUGGAAUCAUCCAACCGGAGAUAAUGAACAACCAUCGUAUUGUGUAGAAGCAAUAGAUGGAAUACAUGUGCUUGCAUUUGUCCCUAUUGAACAACAAAAUAGAUUUCGUGGUCGAAAAAGCACAACAACACAAAAUGUAUUAGCCGCCAUUAACUUUAAUUUGAAGUUCACGUAUGUGCUUGCUGGUUGGGAAGGAUCUGCACAUGAUUCUCGCAUAUUAAAUGAUGCAUUGGAGAGAUCACAUGGUCUCCAAAUCCCACAAGAUAAAUACUAUCUUGUAGAUGCGGGAUAUGGACUUCGUAAAGGGUUUAUUCCUCCUUAUCAUGGAAUACGCUAUCACUUGCAAGAGUACAGUGAUUGUCCUCUCCAAAAUAAAAAAGAACUAUUCAAUCUUCGCCAUGCAUCAUUGAGAUCCUCGAUUGAACGUGCCUUUGCUAUUCUAAAGAGACGAUUUCGUGGUGAUUGCAAUGAACCUUUUUGGGACUUUAAGACACAAGUGAAUGUGGUAUUAGCGUUGUGCAUUUUACAUAAUCACAUAGUUGAUUUGGAUCCAAAUGACAUGAUAAUACAAGAAGUAGAUGUUGAAGCAGUAAUUCAACCUCAAAAUGUUCAAAUUACUCAAAAUUCUCAAGGAAGUCAAAGAAAUCAAACACAAAGAGAAAGGCCUGAAGAAGCUAGACAAUGAUCAUCAAAAAGAGAUGCAAUUGCUCAUGCCAUGUUUAAAAAUUAUGAUAGGCGGAGGAAUGAGGUCCUUUAGUGUAUUAAGAAACUUUGAUAGCUAAAUAGAUAAUGUUGCUUGUUUUUGCUUUUUAUAUUUUCUUAUUUCUUCGACUUGUUGUAGUAAUUGGGCAAAUCUUGUAUGAAAGAAAUACUUCUAUGGCUCAUUAUUAUUUUUCUAUUAGCUUUGAGUGUUCUUUUUACUGCUCUUUUUCUUUGGUAUAUGUAGAGUUCACAGGUUUUUGCUAAUUUGUAUUUGUGUUCUCUUGAGUAUGAAUUGUUCACGUAUAGUUUCUUGACUUGUAACA